AUGGACCUGCGAUUAGUUGCUUCAAUACAAUGGUAUAAGGAAACUUUUAACACAGAUGCAGCAAAGACGAAUCCGUGGUGGAGAUUGGACUUGGAAGCUACCUACUGCUUGAGAAAUAUCACUAUAGUUAACAGACAAGACUACACGUGCGACGAUCAGCCUGGAAGCGACUGUGCUCCCCGAAUAGCAGGUGCAGUAGUACGAGCAGGGCUGAAUCCAGAUCGCGUAUCGAACAGAGCGAUAGGAACGGUCACACUUGAGCAAGCCAUCGAUAGAACGCGACCCAUUGAGAUCAUAGCAGACCCAGCGGUCACCGCCCGUUACGUCAGCGUGGAUCUCCCUGGUACCAAUAAAAUCAUUCACAUGCGUGAAGUCAUGGUUGGAGAAUACGUGGAUAAUGAAGGAGGGGGUGGGGAGGUGGAUUUUACUCUUGUCACCAACCCUGCUCUACUCGGUCAAACUGGAGACGAUGAUGCGAUCAUUGCAGCUUACAAAGGUCCCAACGAUAUCUCCGCUGAUGUCUCAUUCGGUCGACAAGUGACAACAGGAGGAAGUAGUAACGACCUUCCGUCAGUGACAAAUCAGCUACAAGACCCACUGCUCGGAUGUCAGGUCAGAAAGCUCAAUUUACCUGAGGAGGGCGGGAUCGACAGAACGGGUGUCUUCUAUUGUGAGGCGACCAGAGCUGGCAGGAUGAACACGAGGAUACAGACCAUCAUUCUCCCUAAAGAUGGUGUAGUUCAUAUACGUCCUGUUAGCAGAAUGCAGAUAGCAAAUGUUGGAGAAUCAGUUCAACUUGAAAUGCGAAAUGUGAAUUCACCAAACACCAACUACAGAUGGCGGCAUAAUGGAGGUGACGUCAUCACAUCUUGGAAUGGUCAGCUCACUGUGUCUAUUGAUGAUGUUGCUGUGAGUGAUGGAGGAAUCUACGGCUGCUUCGUAUCGGGCCAGGAGGAUCAGCAACUGCAUGGCAUCAUGAGACUCAUUGUACGAGGUUGUCCUGCAGGCAUGUGGGAUCCACCGUUGUGUCUGAACACCUGUCGUCGAUGUUUCAACGGAGGAGUUUGUGAUGAAGAAACGGGCAGGUGCAUCUGUGCUCCGGGUUUCAGCGGGGAAAACUGUCAGCAAGUUUUUGGCCGAAAUGUUUUCGGUCAAAAUGCCGGUCAGAAAUGCUCCAAUAGUACCGAUCCACACGACGCUGCUUGCCGGGGUCGGUUGUUUUGUCUUGCUGAUCCUUACGGAUGCUCGUGUGCUGCAGGAUUCACGGGACUAGACUGCAUGCAAGAGUGUCUAGAGGGGAAGUAUGGAGCUGACUGUAAGCAGACAUGUCACUGUGUACCUGGGGACACCUGCAGUAAAGAUACUGGGGAAUGCAGCAAUGGCGUUUGUGACUCGUCGUUCAUUGGAAUCAACUGCCAGUGUUUAAAGCCAUCCGCGCCUGUAAAUGUCAACAUUCAGAACGUUGAUGACGUGUCAAUCACCGUCACCUGGUCACCAUCCAGCUCACCGAAUGGUAACAUCACCAACUAUGACAUUGCUUACUGGAAGUCGGUUGACGCUGGGACACAAACUCUGCGAAAUAACGUUGGUGUGACGCCGCUCGUGUAUCGCUUAGAUGGUCUGGAAAUGUCUACUACGUAUCAUAUUCAGGUUCGGGCAAAAACAUCUGCAGGUGCCGGUCUAUGGAGCAACACAGUCACAGCUUUCACUCAAAUAGGAGUCCCAGGAUUUGUGCGAAAUCUUCGUCCAACAAAUAUAACCGACAGUUCGAUAUCCUUGGAGUGGGAUGAGCCUCUGGAUCCGAUGGGGCAGAUAGCGGGUUACACAGUAAAAUACCGAGUUGUCCAGAGGCCAUACGAGGAGAAUUUCGUAGCAGGCAGUGAAUACACAGGAACAGAUGUCGAUGGUCCAAGAUACGACAAUAAUGCUCUCGAGCCUGGCACUGAGUACGAGUUUGGAGUUUCUGCGAGAAACCAGGAGAACACGGGAAAACAAACAACCCGUAGAGUGUUCACAAAACCAUUGAAUGAUAUACCGCAACCUUUGCCUGUGAGAACAUUCCCUGAAGAAACGACAGACACGACAGUUACUAUUGGUCUAACAGGAGUCGACUCGAAAUAUAUCGCAUCGUACGUCAUUAGAGUGCAGCGAGAGUUCUCAGUGGCAAAGCGGGAAGCCCUUGUUCCCAUACACCACCGCGACUCCGCUGAUGACUACAUAACAGCUGAGAUACCGAAUGCUGAUGUGACAAUGCCAUUCACAGUUGGGGAUUCCUCGAUGCACGGCGGCUACUACAACGCUCCUCUGAUAACUGGUGCUUCCUACCGGAUAAGCGUUGGGGCAGUUAGCAAAGUCAACAAUAUGGAGGCCAACGUGAGAUUUUCGGAUCCGCUAAGCGUCACAGCCGGUAAAACCGAUGCACCAAUCGAAGUCCCAAUCAUAGCAGUUAUCGUUCUCGGGGUACUGUUAGCGAUCGCUGUUUGUGUCAUCAUCGGCUGCGUGGUGCGGAGGAAACGCAGCCACAACGGCACUCCUACACCGAGGCAUGGCGGUACUGAAGAACUCGAUCUCUCUGUCAUCAGCAAAUCUAAUGCGCGUGGCAUUGAGUCACCGAUCGCAGAAGACAUUGAGACGGACAUUAACGAAGACGUUGGUUUACCAUCUUGGGCUAAGAGACUGGAAAUCCAAUGGCAGAAUCUCACGAUUGAGGAUACGGUCCUUGGCAAGGGAAACUUUGGGGUAGUGAGAGCAGGCCGUCUCCAAAUCAGAGGAGUAGUGUCUAAAGUCGCCAUCAAGACCCUUAUCAGAGAAGUUACAACGGCUGCUUCUGAGAACUUCCUAGCCGAGUUCAAGACAAUGGCACGAAUCAAGCCACACCCGAACGUAGUUGGUCUGAUGGGCGCUUGUUUGCACGAAGCCAUUUUAUACGUUGCUCUUGAGUAUCUCCCCAACGGCAACCUGCGUGACUACCUGAGGAGCACUCGCCCGAGGCAGCAGGAGGCAAUGAGGUCGGAUGAUGGCGUAUCACCGCUGACUUCCUCCAACUUGCUGACAUUCGGCAUAGACAUAGCCCGAGGAAUGAAUCACCUCUCCGACAGUGGGGUAAUUCACCGUGACUUGGCUGCAAGGAACAUACUCCUCGGUGAAGACUUGACCGCCAAGAUUUCUGAUUUUGGCCUAUCUCGAAGAGAGGAUAUCUACGUUCAGCAAUCACAUACCAAAGUUCCUUACCGCUGGUUGGCCAUCGAGUCUUUGACCCGGCAGGUGUACAAAUCUAAGAGCGAUGUGUGGUCGUUUGGGAUCGUACUGUGGGAGAUAGCUACAUUUGGAGCAACGCCUUAUCCGGAGAUUCAGAUGAAGUCCUUGGCCGAGCGAUUACAGGAAGGUUAUCGAAUGCCCAAACCGGAAAACUGUGCAGAUGAAAUCUACGAUUUGAUGAUGAAGUGUUGGCAGCCACGCCCCAGCCAACGCCCAAGCUUCAAAGAAAUCACGGCUGCGCUCCAGAAAAUGAACGAUCCAUCAGAUGAGAACAUCUACGUGAUACCGUCUCUCUUUGCGAAUCACGUGAUCAAGCCAGAGUUUGACGAUAACUAACACAACAGUGCAAGACUGCAGGAGAAACGUCUAGAAGACACCCAGUAUUUUGAUAUAUUGGGGAUGCGAUUUUAAUGUCUGUGACUUUUUUUGCGGGAGUCUAGGUGCUCUGAAGAGAAAUUGACAUAAUGUUUGUGCACUCAGUGUCGUAAAUCCGCGUGGGUGAGUUGAGGGGGAUGGGGGAUGGCCAAAACUCCUAAAAUUGCCCGGUCGUGGAAAUUCGAAAAGCGGGAGGGAAGGGGGUGGGUUGGACACCAAAUGACAUGGGCGCUGUUCAUAAUACAAAUUUACAUGUUAUUCAAACUUGCAUGUUUACAUCCCUUGCUCUAUGCUUAGCAUUACAUUAACAUGAUGCAUCAAAGGGAAUAUACAGCAUUUGCAAACAUCAAAAACAAAACUACCACAUUAAUGUGAAUUACCUCACUGGACAUUUAGUAAAUGACAGUCUAAAGUAUCCUGUAACAUCAUGGCACCUGACGUGCCGUCAUUUUCAAGAAAAGUGGUAUUUUUGUAUUAAUUGCCAAUGUUGGUCGGCCGACCAGCGUUGCUCUUUUCAAAUACUGCCCCCAAAUUACUGUACCGGUACCAUUAUUUAGUUGGGUUGCAUUUGUUUGCAAUCGAUUACACACCUAUGAACGGGUACAAGCCAGCUAGACUGUUUCCCCAACCUUACAAUUCCCUGA